AUGGCCACUCUAGUUUCCGACCUUCCCACAAUUGCUCAGCAGUAUGCCGACAGAAAGCUCCACGACUCCAAGGAGCCAUCAAAGUUCAAGGCGGAUGCGGCCCUCGCCGAACGUGUGACCAUCUGGAGAGGUGACAUUACCAAGCUCAACGCCGACAUGAUAGUCAAUGCGGCCAACAAGUCUCUCCUCGGCGGCGGUGGUGUCGACGGAGCCAUCCACCGCGGUGCUGGCCCAAGCUUGUUCGCAGAAUGCCUGACCCUCAACGGUGCCGAGACGGGCGAGACCAAGGUGACGAGCGGUUACAAUCUCCCUGCCAAGCGUGUCGCCCAUACCGUUGGCCCAAUCUACUCUUCGUCUCGCGUCGAGCAGUGCGCUGAACAGCUGCACAGCUGCUACCGCACGAGCCUUGAGCUCUGUGCCAAGCACGGCGGUGGCAGCAUUGGUUUCUCGAGCAUUAGCACUGGCAUUUACGGCUACCCUAUCGAAGAUGCCACACGUAUCGCGCUCGAGACAACACGCAGGUUUCUUGAGAGCAACGAGAAUGUGUCCCGGGUCAUCUAUGUCGUGUUUUCGGAAAGGGACGAGGACGUCUACGACCAGCUGGCGCCAGAGUACUUUCCUCGCAUCUGA